UUAGUUUAAAUCUUAUUUCCAAAUAGUAAGGUUUAAGUUCACAGUUAACUUUUAUGCAUUUGUAAAAUAUUUCUAUAUCCUAGGAAUGCAUGAUAUAAUAGUUUCGAAAAAUACGCAAAAUAUUGAAUAUUUUUACCAAUUUAAGAGGAAGAAUGUGGGAAACUAUUUUAAUAGGUUUGCUUGUGGUCGUCUUCAUUUCAUGGCUAAAAUCAUCUGUCAGGCCAAGCAAUUUCCCCCCUGGGCCUAUUAAUCUUCCCUUUGUGGGUUCAGCUAUGAUCCUUGAUGUUAGAAAUCUCACAAAAUCUUUUUCCACGCUUAAAAAAAAGUACGGAGAUAUAUUCUCUAUAUAUGUUGGGAGUACUCCAGUAGUUGUUCUCAAUAGUUAUCAGGUUAUUAAGGAAGCGUUUGACCGGCAUGAGUUCUCUGGAAGACCUGGAAAUUUUUCUGGAACAUUCUUCCAGAAGGGUAGAACAGGGAUAUCUACGACAGAAGGAAAACAUUGGAAAAUUCAGAGGGAUUUCCUGGAGAAUUAUUUGAAUAACCUGACAGGAGCUGGACAUAAAGCUGUUGAAGAAGUUAUCCUAGAUGAAACUACAGAUCUGAAAAGUGAGUUCAGUAAACACGAAGGAGAACCUGUAUCUGUUAGUUACAAGACGAAUAUCAGUAUUCUGAAUGUAUUGUGGAAUGUGGUAUGUGGCCGAAAGCUCCACUCCCAACAGCAAGAAUUUCAGACUGUUUACGAGUGUAUUGACAAGAUCACACAGUUCAUGUCCAGAGCUGCCAUUUUCUCCUUCCUUCCGGUUCUAACUAAACUACUUCCGGAAUCCAUAACAUGCAUUGAACGUGGAAGAUACUACAGGUAUAGUAGACAGGACUACAGGGGGAACAGGACAGGAGAUCUACAGGACGCAUAUAUUCAACGUAUAAACCAGGUAUAGUAGACAGGACUGCAGGGG